UGAAGGAAAUUGUCACAAGAAAGAUUUGAGACAGACUUGCCCUCGCAGCGCCUUUUUACAGUCUUCUUCACCGGAAAGAGGAAAUGCAUUACGUAGUGAUUUGACGAAAUGAUAAUGACAUAUCAGUUAUUUAAAAAAAGCACAGUUUAUCUAAUGCGAGAAGACGACGGCUACGUCGUCUUAUUCCACUGAGCGAUUUUAAGUAUGUACAUGUGUCAUAUUGACGAUUGUACAAUUUCUACCAUAGCUAACUUAGUUUACACGCAUAAAACAUUACGCAUUACUUCUGUACCAAAUACCAGAUCCAGAUAUGUAGAGGAAAAAACAGGCAAAUAUGAAACAUAAAUUGUUAUUGCUGGUGUGAUGUUGAUCGAGUUUGCGUACGAAUGUUUCUUCGCGUGGUUUCUAGUUUGAAAAGUACACAAAAUCUCUCGUAAUCGGAUCACGAUAAAAUCUAUCUGUACUGACCAGCUAUAAAUAACUGCUUUCCUAAUUUUUUUUCUGCAGCGAUGAAUUAUAACAUGUAACACAGACUUUCUAUGUGUAUUUCACUGUGCUGUUAGAAUCCAAUUAUUAAAUUAUCGCGCUGUUCUGUUUCCUGUGCGCUAGGAAUUAUGGGAUAUGGAAGUGGUAGUGAAAUCGCGCGAGCCACCAUCGUUGCCGACUCGCUAAAGGAGGGCAUAAUCGACCACUCCCCCUUAGCCCUUGCUGCUUUGAGACACACUUCAACAUGGCGACGGGUCUCGGGAACGCGCAAACGAAGGCGGAGUGGUGAGGCGGAGUGUGUAGGGACCAGUUUGGGAUUGGGCCGAUAUAACGGCACAUUUGAUAUUUUUUUUAUCUAUCUGACGCGUUUGAUCAACGCGAUUUACGUUUUGAAUAUGCGACGAACUGGUUGCACGCCGUGGGCAGGGCUAAUACGCAAUAUCCGUGUACGUAAAGGGCACGUCAGCGGCACUCGUCUUGGGCAUGCGUUAUUACAGCCUAUUAGCCAAUUUUGAAUGUGCCGCGAAACGGGAUGAAGCCAUUUCGGGCAUCAGGACGAACCUCCUCACUGCCUCCAAGUCGUAGAAAUGGGGGCAGGAAAGGUCGCCAGGCGUUUUUUCAGGAAGAAGGCCCCAAUGCAGGAGCCAUGUGGCAUGAAACCAGCAUAAAAUGCAGGAGCAAAGAUGGUUAUACCAGGAAGGUCAAAAGUCAGGAUACAUGGAACCCAAUGGCUCAGAAUUCCAUUACUGCUCUGGACAACAUGUUAAGCUUGUCUAUCAUGUCUGUCCUGACCAUGAAACAGAAGGACAAAGAGCAAUCUCAGAAACAUCUGAAUAACCUGAAGGACAGGUUCAUGUCAAUCUGCACACAGCUAAAGGUCCCCUCCCAAAAACAUGGUGCCAUUCUACAAGGUUCUCACCUUCACCAGGUUGAAGCCAAGAGGGCAACACUGGGCAAGCAGUGUCUGGAGGUUAUUGAGGAGCAGGUGAGCACAGUCGUUAGGGCUCUGGAACAGCUUGAAGGUAAGAUAGAGGUACUGAAAGAGGAGAACAGGAGACUGAAGAACAAGCUGGAGGAGCAGGAGAACAGUUGUCAAGAGUUCUUGCAGUUGGCUGAACAGGGUAUCCUGCACCUGCCCACUUUACCUCUCAGAAAUGGACAAGAAUGCCCCCUGCAGGAGCAGAUGGUCGGGAUGGUGACAGGGCCUGGUGUGGCUGGCCACCUGGUACAGACCCUAAAGAGCUCUUUGGAACUGGAGGGCAUGCACGCAUUUCUGGAGAAAUCUCACCAGCAAGCUGAUGGCCUCCUGUGGAACACAGGCCAGCCCAACCACCACUGUCCCUUUCCUCGUUAAGUGAUGAUGAGGAUGUUGGAUUCAGCAGAGUUUAUAUACACAUAAUUUUUUUUUUUUUUUUUAGAAUAAAUGAGACAUUACUUCUGGUGUUGUAAAAUUCCUUCCAGAAACAGGCCUAGGUUUCUGAUUUCUGAUUCCAAAUCUUGAGCUAAUCAUUUAAUAAAUAUUUAAAUAUACAUACACAUACA